GCGGAGCUCUGGGUGCGUGGAGGCAACCGCGGGCUGCGGCAUGAAGCGGCGGCCGGAGCCUGAGCAGGAGCCGGAGCCACAGCUGGAGGAGCCCUCUCUCUGCAGCUCUGCUCCCAGCCAUGGAGAUGGCACGGAUUCUAGCCUUUCUGACAGUGAAGAGAGUGUAUUCUCAGGCCUGGAAGAUUCUGGCAGUGACAGUAAUGAGGACGAUGGUCACGAUGACGUCGAGGGCCACAGCGGGACAGAGAAGAUCACUGGGGAGCAGGCACAGGCCGGCCCCCCUUACCUGAGGACAGAGGUGGUGAGAGCACAGAGCGGGGAUGAGUAUGCUAAAGACAGCUCUGAUGAGGAGGACAUCCGGAAUACGGUGGGCAAUGUGCCCCUGGAGUGGUAUGAGGACUUCCCCCACGUGGGCUACGACCUGGACGGCAGGCGCAUCUACAAGCCCCUACGGACCCGGGACGAGCUGGACCAAUUUCUGGACAAGAUAGAUGACCCUGACUACUGGCGUACUGUGCAGGACCGGAUGACAGGGCGUGACCUGAGGCUGACUGACCAGCAGGUGGCCCUGGUGUGGCGGCUGCAGAGGGGCCAGUUUGGGGAUGAGAGCUUUGAUCCAUAUGAGCCAGCCGUGGACUUCUUCAGUGGGGACAUCAUGAUUCACCCGGUGACCAACCGCCCAGCUGACAAGCGCAGCUUCAUCCCAUCCCUGGUGGAGAAGGAGAAGGUCUCUCGCAUGGUGCAUGCCAUCAAGAUGGGCUGGAUUCAGCCCCGCCGGCCCCGAGACCCUACCCCCAGCUUCUAUGACCUAUGGGCCCAGGAGGACCCCCAUGCCGUGCUGGGGCGCCACAAGAUGCACGUACCUGCCCCCAAGCUGGCCCUGCCUGGCCAUGCCGAGUCCUACAAUCCACCUCCCGAAUUCCUGCUCAGCGAGAAGGAGCGCUUGGUGUGGGAGCAGGAGGAGCCAGGUGAGAGGAAGCCAAGCUUUCUGCCACGACGGUUCCCGAGUCUGCGGGCCGUGCCUGCAUACAGCCGCUUCAUCCAGGAGCGCUUUGAGCGCUGCCUCGAUCUGUACCUGUGCCCACGACAGCGCAAGAUGAGGGUCAAUGUGGACCCCGAAGACCUCAUUCCCAGACUGCCGCGGCCACGGGACCUGCAGCCCUUCCCCACGUGCCAGGCCCUGGUCUACAGGGGCCACAGCGAUCUCAUCCGCUGCCUCAGUGUCUCCCCAGGGGGCCAGUGGUUGGCUUCAGGCUCAGAUGACGGCUCCUUGCGACUAUGGGAGGUGGUCACUGCCCGCUGUGUGAGGACUGUGCCCAUGGGGGGUGUGGUGAAGAGUGUCGCCUGGAACCCCAACCCCACCAUCUGCCUUGUGGCUGCAGCUGUAGAGGAUGCAGUGCUGCUGCUGAAUCCCGCCCUGGGGGACCGACUGGUGGUGGGCAGCACAGACCAGCUGCUGAGUGCCUUCGAGCUGCCCCAGGAGCCUGCCCUGCAGCCCGCCCACUGGUUGGAGGCCUCGGAGGAGGAGCGCCAGGGGGGCCUGCGGCUGCGCAUCUGCCAUGGCAAGCCAGUAACGCAGGUGACCUGGCACGGGCGUGGGGACUACUUGGCUGCAGUGCUGGCCACCCCAGGCCACACCCAGGUGCUGAUCCACCAGCUGAGCCGGCGCCGCAGCCAGACCCCGUUCCGCCGCAGCCACGGACAGGUGCAGUGCGUAGCCUUUCACCCUUCCCGGCCCUUUCUGCUUGUGGCCUCCCAGCGCAGUGUCCGCCUUUACCACCUGCUGCGCCAGGAGCUCACCAAGAAGCUGAUGCCCAACUGCAAGUGGGUGUCCAGCCUGGCCGUGCACCCUGCAGGUGACAACAUCAUCUGUGGGAGCUAUGACAGCAAGCUGGUGUGGUUCGAUCUGGAUCUCUCUACCAAGCCGUAUAAGGUGCUGAGGCACCACAAGAAGGCCUUGCGGGCUGUGGCCUUCCACCCCCGGUACCCACUCUUUGCAUCUGGCUCAGACGACGGCAGUGUCAUUGUCUGCCAUGGCAUGGUGUACAACGACCUGCUGCAGAACCCGCUGCUGGUGCCUGUCAAGGUGCUGAAGGGGCAUGCGCUGACCCGAGACCUGGGUGUGCUGGAUGUCGCCUUCCACCCCUCCCAGCCGUGGAUCUUCUCCUCGGGGGCCGAUGGGACCAUCCGUCUCUUCAGCUAGUGGCCUAUCCUUCCUCUCGGCGGCCACGGCUGAGGCGUGUGGGUCUGGGAGGCUGGGUGUACCCAGAUCUUCAAUAGA